AUGGCUUCAAUCGAAAAAGCCCCUCUCGACAGUUCCAGCCCAACAGAGAAAGGUGUUCCCCCGACUGGUUUCGAUGAAAGUCUUGAAGGUCAUAUCAAUGAGCGAGCUCUUGUGCGCAGGCUCGAUCUCACCCUUCUUCCAGCCCUGACCUCGCUGUAUCUUCUUUCGUUUCUUGACCGGAGCAAUGUCGGCAAUGCACGUAUCGAGGGCCUGGCAACCGACUUGAAUAUGACAGGAGACCAAUAUCUCACCGGAUUGACGCUUUACUUCAUCGGUUAUGUUCUUUUCGAAGUUCCCUGCAACCUGAUUCUGAAGAUGUGGACUCCGAAAUUUUGGCUGCCCACACUGACGCUCACUUGGGGUGUCGUGAGUACACUCAUGGGUGUCACUCAAUCCCGUGAUGGCUUUUUUGUUGUUCGAUUUUUCCUAGGAGUGGCUGAAUCUGGACUAUUCCCCGGCAUCGUCUUCUACUUGUCAAUGUGGUACAAGCGCAAUGAGCGACAGUUUCGCGUGGCUCUAUUCUUCAGCGCAGCUUCGCUGGCAGGAGCUUUUGGUGGUAUCCUCGCAUGGGGGAUUGCUCACAUGAGAGGAGUUGGUGGCUAUAACGGAUGGAGAUGGAUAUUUAUUCUGGAAGGUCUACUUACUGUUGUGGUCUCGAUAGCUGCAUACUUCUUCAUCCACAACUACCCGGAUACAGCAAAGUUCUUGAGCAACGAGGAGCGAGAGUACAUCCAGCACCGUCUCAAGGUCGACAGUGAUGCAACCCAAGAUGAGAAGUUGGACUGGAACAACGUCAAAAAAGCGUUCACUGAUAUCAAAUGCUACCUCUACGCAUUCGGGUUCCACACGCUCUCGCUUCCCCUUUACACGCUGUCACUCUUUCUUCCGACCAUCAUCAAGUCUCUCGGAUAUUCGUCGGCCGAAGCACAGCUUAUGACUAUUCCACCUUAUGCAAUCGCAUUUGUCCUUACCAUUGGCCUUGCGGUGCUCUCCGAGAGAUAUUGCACCCGGACACCAUUUAUCCUGAUGUCGUCCUCCCUCGCCAUCAUUGGAUACAUUCUACUUCUGAGUGACCCAAGGCCGGGCGUGUCAUAUGUGGGAAUCAUCUUCGCUGCAGCCGGCAUCUAUCCAUCCGUGGCGUUGACCCUUGCCUGGCCAGCAAACAAUGUCAGUGGUCAGACCAAGAGAGCUGUUGCCAAUGCACUGCAGAUCUCGCUGGGGAAUCUGGGAGCUGUCCUCGGUACCCAGCUCUAUCGCACAGAAACAGCACCCAGGUAUUUUCUGGGUCACUCGUUCGCGUUGGCGUACAUGGUGGCUAAUUUGAUCGUGACUACGACCCUCUGGCUGGUUUUGAAGAGGCAGAAUGAGCGAAGAGAGGCUAGAACAGCAGAGAAUGCUCCGGUCGAUGGGCCCUGGCUCGGAGAUGAAGAUCCGAGGUGGAGGUUUCACUUGUGA